CACAGCCAAGACAAAUACAUAAACACAACACAACAAACGAAAGAAAAUAUUUGAAUUGAAGACAGACAAUUUACAAUAAUCCAAUUAACUGAUCGGCCACCAUGUCCAAGCGCCACAAGGAGGACGAUGUGCUACGGAGGGAGCGGGCCAAGCUGCGUUUCAAGAGAUUGGUCAGAGUCGCCUUCGUGAACCAUCAAUGGAUCAGCGAGGUGGACGAUCAGGGCAUUACCCUGAAUGUGAAGAAGAAUGUGGCCAUGCUGGUGCGCAAGAAGCACAAGACUGGCAUUUUGACAAUGGCGCAAAAAGGCUUGCUAGCCACCCGGCAUCACACCCGGAACAUUCCGGAGCGAAAAAAACUAUGCACAAUCGUCGCUGGCCUCGGCUGCUUUACCCAAGUGCCACCGAAGAUUCGAGCUCGUUUGGUGCCCUACCUACACUUCAUGGUCGUCGGUUCGGGUCGCACCUUGAUGAAGGAGGGCGAUGUGCCGACUUGUGUCUACUUUGUGGUCAGCGGUGAGGUCGAGAUGUCCAGAAGGAUAUGGAAUAAGAUCACCCGCAAGUUCGAAUCAAAGCCUGAGGCAUUCUUUGGACCAGGCGACUGGAUCGGCGAGAUUGAGCUGUUAGAGGGAGGCCUGAGAAUGAAUACUUAUAAGGCCACAACUAAUUGCGAAAUUCUGGUACUGGAUGACUUUGACUUCAAUGAUUUGCUGAGGCCGUAUGUGAAAAAGGUUUGGAUCGAAAAGAAGAAAGCGAUUGCCUCGCUCAGCUAUCUGAAGUUUAUGAAUGAGUCACAGAUUGUGAGUGCCUGCAAAUUUGGCAUUUUAAGGCAAUACGAUCCCCUGAGCACAAUAUAUCCCGAGGAAAAGGACAGCAUACUCUAUGUGCACUUCGUUCUAAGCGGCGAAUGCGUUCUAUUACAGGCCCUCCACAUGAAGGUGUCCAAUGCGAAGGGCGAAGUCCAGUAUGAGCUAUCGAAAGUGAUCGAGGAGGACUCGGUCAAUGAUGCCGAGGACGAGAAGCCGGAGCCAUUCGAUGUUAGGGAACUGUUGCGCUCGAACUCAUCGCUCGACGAAGCCAACAAGAAGAAGGCGAAACGCAAGGCGGAGUUCGCCAAAAUUGAGGCAUACUGCAAGAUCUUGAACCAAAAAUCGAAACCCGUCGACAAAGUGCCCGAUUCGCUGACGCGCCAGCUGAAUCGUUUCAAAUCGGUUGUCGUGCAGGGAAUGCUUGGCGAUUCCAUUGACUUUGAGGAUUACGACGAAAGCCAUUUUUCCUCGUAUGACGACGAUAUCAAUAUCGCCAGGCGAUCAAGUCGACAGAGCAAACAGAGCAAACAGAGCAAACAGAGCAUACAGAGCAAACAGAGCAAACAGAGCAAACAGAGCCGAAAGAGAGAGCUGAUCAACCCGGAAGCGGAGUCUGAGGAGUCGGAAAUAUAUACCGCCUCCUCGUCGAGCUCGUCCAGUAGUUCAGUAUCUAUCAAAUCGCUGAAGUCUAUCUAUGAUGGCGAUUAUGCGACCCACUUUGUUGACGUCGGUUCGAUGACUUAUGGCGGCCUGUUUGGCGUGGGCGAGAGGGGGGAUCAUCGUGUUGUCAUGGCCCGAACGACAGUACAGUGCCUGCUGAUGCCACUCUACUGGCUCAUGGAGGAAGAACAGAAUCCGGGUCACAUCUGGCAUCGUAUGCGCUUCUAUUUGGAUCGCUGUAUACCCUCGCGUGAGACGCUCUUCAAGGACUUUAGCAAGACACGUAAGUGGGCGCGGUUCAAGAAGGAGUGCGUGGAACCGUUUACGCACUCGGUCACAAAUCCGACCAAAAUCGAGGAUAUACCCAUCUAUAUACGUAUCGUUGAAACAAAAGAGCCGAGGACCUAUCCUUGCGAUCCUUAGCUCAUUGGGCAACCAAUUGCAAUUCCAAAUUUCCAUAUUAAAUUUCUUUAC